AUGCAAUCUGGGUUAUAUGUAGCAAUGGGAACACAUUUUGUAAGCAAAGAAAACUUGCAAAUGAUUCAUUCAAAAGGCUGAUUCAUUCAAUAAGUAAAAACACCAUCCAUUUUACCGUCUUCAAUUUAUAAUGCAUGGAAUUUUGGGUUUUAAUAAACCAAUAAAUCAGUGUGCAUGCACUCCUGACCUUACUCCUGAGUGGGAAAUUAAAUAAUCCGUGGUCCCAUUAGUGGGAAAAUGGGAAAAUAAUUACUUAUUUUCUGUGUUUAUGGGGAUCUUCUCCUUGAACUGUAACCUUAUCGUGGUGGAGGGGUUUGAGUACCCGAAUUAUCUUUGUAUGAUUUUUUAUGCAAAUAGACCCAGAGGAUGAAAGUGAAACCAAGCAGUAGAUUUCUAAUGUGAGACCUUCACAUUCAGUUUGAUUUCUAUUUGAUUUGAUUUGACUUGUCUAUCUGAUAAGAUUUAGAAAAACAUAGUCAAGGAAAUGCAUUCUUAAUGUAAUAAUUUAUACUUCUGACUUAUCCUUCUUUUAAGGUUAAAAGGCUCAAUUGUGUGGUUUAUCAUUUUAUUAUUUAUUUUGUUUUUGUGAAUACCUGUGUUUCAACUGUAUUUUGCUAUUUCGUGGUCUACAAAAUGAAAGUGAGCCAUCAUAACAUGUAGAGAACAGUGGGCACAGCUAUCAGGAACCAUUGAGCAGCGAAGAGCAUCACAGUUGAUCAAAUGUUUGGGCCCCAUUCACUGAUUCAGUAUCAGAGUAAACAGGAGUUUCCCAUAAGCGUGCCCGACGCAUCGGGAUGAGAGACCACUGCCUAAAAUCACGUGAUUUCUGCAGAAAGCUGGGCAAGCGACACCGUAGCUAUAGUGCUAGACAGAGGAGUGAAAGCUUUGUAGAAAAAUAAAUAAACAUAUAAUUAAAUAAACCUCAAUGUGUCAGUGUUUUGCUGCCCAAAUCUAAAGCGACUAAAGAAAUAGGAAAAAUAGAAUGUAAUGUCGAGUAGCCUAUAUAAUAAGCGGACUUUGGCAGGACAUUGAAAAGUAAGUUAUGUGAUUAGACACACAGGUGCACACACGUGCUUUAAAACUAGAGGAUGGCUCGGUCAUGUACACAUCAAGUGUACUUUCGUUUUUAUCGUCGAGCUGUAAAGGCAAAACGUUUCCUUGUUUGGGCGCGUGCUCAAACUUCACCUGUUUCACCGCAACACAGGACACAAGAACACCACACAAGAGGUUCGAUCAGGACUACAACAAGAAAUAUUCAGAGAUGGGCAACUCACAGUCAGCUAUAAAAUAUCCAGGCUACACAUUAGUGAGUGAAGAUGAGCAGAUGAUCCUGGUGAAAAAUGAAGGUGGCGAUCAGUUUGUCAUUGAAAAGUUCAACACAGGACAGGAAAAUGAUUUAAACUUUCUCUUACAACUCAAUCAUCCACACAUCGUCCAUCACAAGGAAGUCAUCACAGGUCCUGACUGUCUGUAUCUUGUACUGGAGCUCUGUGAGGGUGGAGAUCUUGUUCAGAAAAUCAAACACAAAUCACAGGCAGCAGAUACAUUUUCUGAGAAUGAGAUUCUGGACUGGACUGUGAAGAUCUGUAUGGCAUUAAAGCACCUGCACGAUCGACAGAUCCUCCAUGAAAACCUGCAGCCCAAGAGCUUAUUUUUCACUGCAUGUGGUAUCAUUCGUCUGGGACAGUUUGGAAACAGUUAUGAACGGUCCACUGCUGCACACACAACAGACACUGAAGCUCUUGUAUAUGUUGCACCUGAGAAUUUGAGUGGCAGACCGUAUGAUGAGAAAACUGAAAUUUGGAGGUUGGGAUGUGUCAUCUAUGAGCUGUGCAAGCUGAAGAGUGCGUUUAAAGCAAGAAACCCAGUUGAGAUUGUAACAAAGAUACUCACCUGCUGCUAUGAAGCUCUUCCCAACACCUUUUCUGAGGAUCUUCAUCAGCUUGUGAAAGACACACUUCAGAAGGAUCCAGAGCAACGGCCAUCUGUCAAUGAGAUCCUGAAGAGGCCUUUUAUUAUCGAACACCUUCAUACAAUGAUCAUGCAAACUAUUGAUGAGCUUUAUAAGUCUCUAGAUGUAAUGAGAAACCUGGCCGAUGGUUUGGAGACGGUCCACUUCAACACAACUGUCAGCAGUCUCACAGGAGGAGUAGUAGGUCUGGCUGGAGGAAUCACAUCUAUAAUUGGACUUAUUCUCACGCCAUUCACUCUCGGAGCCUCUCUGAUAGUGACAGGUGUGGGAAUUGGUACGGCAGUCGCUGGUGGAAUAACAGCUGGAGCCAGCAACAUUACAAACAUGGUUAACCAGCAAACAAACAGACAAAAGAUAAAAAUGAUCUUAACAGAGUUCCAGGAGAAAAUGACCUCCAUUAUAUGCUGCAUAGAAAAUAUCUCAACAGCAGUGGAAACGCUACAAAAUGAGUUUUCAACAAGCAGUGGGUCACUUUCCAAUCCACAAUCCGGGAUGAGAGUAGGAGCUCGACUUGGACGAGGCCUGGGAGGAAUCCCGGAGCUUCUUCGUUUAACUCAAGUCAUAAAUGUGGGGAAGAUUGCAGCUCAGGCUGCAAGAGCAGUUCGUGCGGCUGAAGCAGUUACAGGGGUUUUAUCUGCACUUUUCAUAGCUGUUGACGUCUUCUUCAUUUUUCUUGACUCCAGAGAAAUCCACAAUAUCCGCAGAGAUUGUGCUUUACAACUGAGUCGACAAGAAUCCACCAGCAACCAAACCACUGUGUUAAAUGACCGGACACCGAAUAACAGCGACACAACAAACCUGCUGCCUUCAAACACUUAUCAAGCAGAAGAGCUGAAGUCUGAGACCAUGAAAUUUGUGACAAAAAUAAAAGAGACUACAGAGGAGCUUCAGACGAUUCUGGAUACGCUACGAGACGCAUUGAACCCAAACUCUGAGACAGCAAACACAGAAAAUUGAGAAUUUGUUAUUUAAUCAUAAAUACAUGAUUUUUGUUUAUUUUUUAUGUAGUAGUAGAAGCUGUUGUAGUACAAUAUUACAAUGCAAUAAAUAAUGCAUCUAGUUCAUAUGAUUAACAUAAUAUGGACUAUCUAUUUCAUAAUAUAUUCCAUUUAUUUCUAGGUCCAGUGAUGCGCACACACAACAGAAACUAAAAAGUGAAAAUGAAGUGACAUAUAGCCCAUACUUGGAAUUUGUGCUCUGCAUUCAACCCAUCCAAAGUGGAUACACACAGCACUGAGCACACACUGUGAACACACACACCCGGAGCAGUGGGCUGUCAUUUAUGCUGAUGUGCCCAGGGAGCAGUUAGGGGUUCGGUGCCUUGCUCAAAGGCACCUCGUUCGUGGAAUUCAAGGUAGAGAGAGUGCUGUCCAAUCACUCCCCCCACCUAUAAUUCCUACGUUCGUAGUCAGGGGAAGGAGGAGGCGGGAAUUGGUGGACAUUAAACGAAACUUUAUUAAUCAAAUAAACACAAAACAAUCAAUAAUUGUGGAACUCCAGUAAGGCGUUCUGCUAUUUUAUUCACUUAAACGUUGAAUGAAAUAUUUUCUAUUUAAUACUCGAGACCGGUGAGUGGCGCAGGUGUUGCUGAUUUCCAAUUACUCCAACGGCCUCAACCCGUUCCCAAGGCUCUUGUCCCUGCCCUACUUGUCACAAACAUUUUUUACUGUCCAAAAAUAUAAAUUUGACACAAUCCCUAAACCUAAACCUGCCCAUAAUUUAUUCCCCAAAUCAGUGGGAAAUGAUAUCUGAUUAACAAGGGUGAAGAAGCACCUAACCCUGAUUGUAAGCCUAAAACAGAUAUUUCCUGAAAAAUUGAUAAUAUUUUUCCAGGAUAAACAAGGAAGUUGAUUCAGGAACAUGUUAUUUUAAAGAAAUCAUGAUCACCAUAAUCCGUGCCGACCUGAGACUCAAAUUCACAACCUUUGGAUUACAAGUCUGAAUCUCUGAUGAACAGCCUGUUUGAGUUUAUAUGCAGUUUUCAAUAAAUUGCCUACUCUCUA